UUUUUUUCUGUUCUUCUCUUCUCUUCAGUUUUCAACCAACUCACUCACUCAUUAUUUUUUCAAAGGUACAUUCACAAAGAAAAAAAGAAAUUUUCCUUUUUGUGAAUACAAAUACACCAACAUUUACUUCAAUUGCAUCAACUCAAUUGAUUUUUUUUUUUAAAAAAAACCACUUUGCAUAGAAUCAUUAGAACACAUAUCAAUUCGUUUUAUAAAUCAUGACAAAAUACUCUGAAGGAAUUCUCGUAGACAAUAUCAAAAAGUUCAAACCAUCAUACUACCAAAGCAGUCCAAUAUCUAUAUGGCAUAAGUUACCUGUCAGUCGAAGAUCUGCCGUGUUUGUACUCUUGUUCUUGGGCAAGUUAGGGGAAUUGAGAGUGAUUCUUACCAAGAGAUCUUCCAAAUUAAGAAACUUCCCCGGUCAUAUAUCGCUUCCUGGUGGUAAAGCCGACGAUAUAUAUGAAGAUGAAUGGCGUGUUGCAAGACGAGAAAUGGAAGAAGAAAUUGGAUUAAGCGCCAAUAACCAGGAAUUGAUGGCUCAAUACGGUUGUACCAUUGAACAUUUGAAUAUCUUGCCCAGUUACUUAUCAAGAACCUUCUCAUCCGUGAGACCAUGCAUUGGAUUUAUGAAUUGCCAUGAUACUAUGAAUCAUAUCAACCUCAGUCUCAAUCCCGGAGAAUCGUCAUCUAUAUUUUCCUGUCCACUUCGAGACUUUUUAUACCCCCUGGUUGACGAAACACCUUUGGAAAGCUUGGAACGUGUUUCCUAUAAGGUCAAGUGGGGUGGUAUUCCUUGGGAUUUACGUUCAUACACGUUCCUUCAGAACAACGACAAUGAAGUUGAUUGGUUACGUAACAUCAAGGAUCUUUCAUGUUCUGAAGAAGAAUCAGAGUUAGAUUUGAAGUUGGGUUCCGAAUUGGAUUCAGCCGAUAAGGGUAGAGUUACACCUCCUAAUGUUACCCCAAGAGUUUCCAAACAAAGAAAAUUGACUAAAUGGGGAAGAUUAGGAUCUCGUCGUGACGAUAUCUCCCAAGAGAAGAUUUAUGAUGUUUGGGGAUUAACAGCUAAUAUUUUACAUGAUUUGGCUGAAAUUACAUAUACUGGUACCACCCAGCGUCAUAUUGGUUCCGAAGAAAUGACUUAUGGAAUAUAUGAAUUUGGAAACCAAAUGAGACAAAAAGUAAGACUGGAUGAAGAAAUUAAGUUGAUUCAUGCUACACACAGUGGUGAUGAACCAAGUUUUGGGUUUGAUAAGUUAUUGCCCAGCACCGAAUUUAAUAGAUUAAAGAGUUUAUAUAAAAUAUAGUACCGAUUGGUAAGGUUUAAUAAAUAAUUAAUAGUCAG